AUGCGUACACGGAAGAAAGCCCGCUUGGGUUUUGACGCGAACGGUGUCUUUGUCUAUUCCGCCUCUGCUGCUUCCAACAAUUAUCUUCAAAAUCAAACGCUGCUGGUUCCUCGCAAUGUCAGGAUUACCCGCGUUCCUGGAUCCGUUGACAGACUUUUUGAGAGCGCUUUCGAGGACUGUCAAGAGCUUGAGGAAGUAAUGCUGGAGGAGGGCGUCGAAGGAUUGGGACGACGUACCUUCUUGGGUUGUGCCAUGCUGACAACAGUAAGGUUUCCAUCGACUCUGCGGACUAUUCUAGACUACGCCUUCUACGACUGUCAUAGCCUAUCUUCCGUUGAGCUGCCAUUGAGCAUCGAAAUCAUUGGAAUUGGGGCUUUUGAAAACUGCUCCUCGUUGCAGCAUUUGGAUUUGUCACAGCACACUCGGUGUACAAAUAUUGAUAAGUGCGCCUUCCAGGGUUGUUCUGAAUUGUCAGUGGCCCGUCUUCCACCCAACAUCAAGGGAUUGUUUCCCAUGGAAGUAUUCUGUGACUGCUCCGCUUUGACGCAUCUCCGAUUCCCGCCUGGUGUCACUGACAUUUCUCCCUCUGCAGUGGAAGGCUGUUCGUCCUUGGUAUCUUUGGAAGUUCCAGAAGGAUUGUGGAGGCUCGAUGUGGUGCCUAAUAUCACUGGCGGCUCGGAUGGCAUACAAUCUUGUUCUUCCUUGGUAAAUUUGUUUACACCUCCCGAGCAGUGGGUUGUACGAAGCAUGGAUUCCUUGCCCUUUCCCCCUGACUUUCAACUGGGAAGACUCGCAGUGGCCUGGAGAGAUCUUAUCCCCAAACUACAGCGCCGAUUCGUAGAUCGACCGUUGCAUAAACUAUGCUACUUUCAGACCUACCAGUACUCUACACAAGACACGAUUCUCAAGAUGCGAGAUAUUCUCGAGGCACAUCCAAUCGGUGCUCACGCAGCCGCGGAACAAGUGGACACUUUUGGAAUGACUCCCAUGCACAUUUUAAUGCUGGCGGAAACCCCAGUCAUGGAAUUGGUACAAGAGCUACCAACUUCUAUUAUUGAGACCAUGAUACAAGCCAAGGAUUCGUUUGGAUCGACCCCGUUAGAUUAUCGUUGCAAGAAUGCUGCUGGGAGGCAAGCCAUUCGAACUUGGCUACCAACUCUUCUCCAACAGCGACUCCAAUAUAUUGGACUGGAACAAUGGAGGCAAGAAGUAUUGACAGAACAGGAAAAAGGAGUCACAUUAUUAGUAUCAGAUGAUGCCGAGACUUCGAGUCGACAAGUUGAAAGGGUGUUGCGCAAAUUGAUUCAGUGCGAAAUCCGAGAGAUACUUUCCUUGUUGGAAAUGGUCCUUUGGAAAACAAAAUUGCUGAAAACAACAACGAAUGAUGGCAAUAAUGCGGGUGACAAUGAUGUUCGUGAUGGUGGUGAAGAGGAAUCAUGUAUCAGCACCCAUCGACAGAGCUGUCGAGUCCACUCUGGUAUUUCAAUUGUCGUUGAGAAUGUGUUGCCUUUCCUUCUCUCCUCGAGAACAAGCUUGAACUGA